AGCAUACAACGACAACUCCCGUCAUGCAACACACCCGGCAGCAGGACUUCCGCAGUUAAACCUCGACGUGUUUUAACGCUGAAUGAACAAGGUGCUCCGGCCAUGGACGGUAAAUCUGUGAAGGUUAUAUUAUUUGACUUGGACAACACGCUCAUUGAAACAAGUCGCGCAGGUGGAGUGGCGAUGCAAAAGACUAGUGAACUUUUGAAGACCACACUGGCCCUUGAUGACAUCACUAUCAGCAGCAUUUGUGACAAGUUCAAGCAGAAGCUUCUGCAUGAGAGUUUUGACCCCUCAGCUGGCAGAUCCAUCGAUGAGGUCCGUGUGCAUCACUGGGAGGAGAGCAUCCAGGAGACCGUGGGCAGCUGUUCCUCGCAAACUCUGGCAGCUCAGUGCUACUACAUGUGGAAAAACAGUCGCCUGGAGGUUCUCCGUCUUUCCCCUGAAAUACGCACCCUACUGAAACAACUCCGCAGCACAUACAAGCUGCUGCUGCUGACCAACGGGGAAACUCAGACUCAGAGAGAGAAAGUGGAGGCGGUCAGAUGUGAGGAGUUCUUCGAUGCCAUUGUGAUCGGUGGAGAACAUGCAGAGCAGAAACCAUACCUCUCCAUCUUCACAUUGUGUUUCAACAUGCUGGGUGUGGAGGCCCAGGACUGUGUUAUGGUGGGAGACUCUCUGGACACAGAUAUUCAGGGGGGCUUUAAUGCCAGAGUACGGGCUACUGUUUGGAUCACCAGUUCAGGAGGCGGUGUGCCAGAAGGUUCAGUAAAACCAGACUACACUAUCCCUACUGUACUGGACCUGCCAGAUAUUCUGGAACAACUGAAGUAAUGACAACUUUGUGUGAAACAAAGAAAUGAGGACUGUCACUUAAGAGGAAAUUUUAAAUUAUGGAUAUAUUAACAGAUGAAUGUCAUCAAGGGCACUUUUUACUUGUUUUAUGCAUUCUGCUGCGGAUUUUACACACUAACACAACAGCAGUCUGUAUUAAAACUUGAGAAUCAACUGUCUAUUCACAGUAUGUGAAUAAUUAAGUACUGUACAAUUUUAAGAUACUUCUACUCCACUUUUCCUGUUCUGGGUUUUUACUCCACUGCAUUUCUCUGACCACUGUAGUCACUCUUAAAGUCAUUAUUAAAAGAUAAACUAAUGGUUCC